AGAAGAAGAAGAAGAACAAGCAGAGCCUGAAACCUGGAAAUAGUCAUUUUCUCCUGUGAGGGCCAAGGAGCACAGGCACAACUUCUUGUGGAGAGUCGUUUGCUGUUUCCUCUUUUUUUCUCUGGUUUGUUCUAAAGCUUUAGGGGAUUGUCUGGUAGCGGUGGAGGCCAUCUGGCUGGAGCUUUAUCAGGAUUUUGUGCUGCGAGCCUCUGGCCAACUGUGGCCACCUGCAUGGGUCUCAACCUGAGUUAUUGCUGCCACAGGACGUGAGACUGUGUGUGUCCUGAGCCAGUCCUGUCAGAGCAACACAACAUGCGCACAGGAGAAAACCAUUAUAUAUUCACUCAUCAUCUGUCAAAGAAGUAAGGGUGUGGUCAGUACAUCCUGUCCUGAGAGCUCAGGUGCAUCAUGGAGCCUGUGGUGAGAAUGAAAAAGUCGCUGAGGAAGCCCAUCAGGAAGCUGACCAGCUGCGUGUCGGGGAUGAGGGAACGGAAGUUGUGCGCCAAACCCAGGAAUAAGUGGGUCAGAGGUCGGGGAGGCAGAGGAGGAUGCAAGAGAUUUGGGAGGAAUCCUCCACUCCGAACUGCACAUCCCAAAGACCCGUCAGUCAUUCGCUCGUACCAGGCAGACCUGGAGAAGGAGAGAAAGCAGCGGGAAGCGAUGAACGCGCAGAAGAAUGCUCAGAGAGCGACUAUGAGAGCUCAGUUCAGGAGAAAAUACCAGCUGUCUGAGAACCCGAAGGACACAAACCACCUGAGGUCUUUUGGCGGGAAGUUGUCGCUCCCCCACGAGCUGUCGAAGAUCAUUCAUCCUGAAACCAAAACCAAGGACGACGGCUUCGACCUGCUGAGCGCCUUUCAAGGCCUGACCUUCGGCACAGUGGUGCUCACAGGGAGGAAACACAGCAAGACGCUCACUCCUAAACCGGCAAGCCGAUGGACACAUUUCGUCUGGACCAUGAGGAGCAUGUCCAUCCGAGUGACUGGGUGUACCAGAGCACAGGGCACCUGUGGGUCCAGAAAUGUGUUUUUUGGUGUUGCGCCACAAAACGCUCUAUGUAUGACCACAGCAGGGACUGUGGUAGAUGGGAAGCUGAAGGGAAGAAACGGAGCUCAGGACACCAGAGUUAGAAAGAGAGGUGUGGAUGGACGGGUGCGCAGCUUUGAGGAGAUCCCACACACAGGGAAGAACGGCUGGGUCAACCUGCUGAAGUUCUGGAGGGAAGGUUGUUUCAAGCAGCUCCACAAACACAUGGAGAGGACCUUCAACGCCCUCGGCCCCAUCUACAGGGAGCAUGUGGGCACACACGGGAGUGUGAACAUCAUGUUGCCGUCAGACAUCGGGGAGCUGUUUCGCUCGGAGGGCCUGCACCCGCAACGGAUGACCCUGCAGCCCUGGGCCACACAUCGUGAGACACGCCAGCACAGCAAGGGGGUCUUCCUCAAGAACGGUGAAGAGUGGAGAGCCGACCGUCUACUGCUCAACAAGGAGGUGAUGAUGACUGCGGCCGUAAAGCGUUUUCUCCCUCUCCUUGAUGAGGUGGCGAGGGAUUUCUGUCAAAUGCUGCAGGCGAGAGUCGAGAGGGAGGGAAGAGGAGAGGAGGGGAAACGCAGUCUGACCAUCGAUCCCAGUCCUGAUCUCUUCCGCUUCGCGCUGGAAGCCAGUUGCCAUGUGCUCUACGGGGAGCGCAUCGGCCUCUUCUCCUCAUCUCCCUCCCUGGAGUCUCAGAAGUUCAUCUGGGCCGUGGAGCAAAUGCUGGCAACCACCCCUCCCCUGCUCUACCUGCCCCAUCGCCUCCUGCUCCGCAUCGGCGCUACCCUGUGGACUCAGCACGCCACUGCAUGGGACCACAUCUUCAGUCAUGCGGAUGCCAGGAUCCAGAGGGGGUACCAGCGCCUGUCAUCCUCCCAGGGUCAAGGGUCUAAGCCUGGGGAAGCUGGAGGCCGUUACACUGGGGUUCUGGGCCAACUCAUGGAGAAAGGCCAGUUGUCUUUGGAUCUCAUCAAAGCCAACAUCACUGAGCUCAUGGCUGGAGGGGUUGACACGACAGCGGUGCCCCUGCAGUUUGCCCUGUUUGAGUUGGGCCGCAACCCAGAGGUGCAGGAGAAGGUGAGGCAGCAGGUGAGAACAUCGUGGACACAGGCCGGUGGUGACCCUCAGAAAGCCCUGCAGGGGGCGCCACUACUGAAAGGCGCAAUCAAGGAGAUUCUCAGGUUAUACCCGGUGGGAAUUACAGUGCAGCGGAUGCCAGUCAAAGAUAUUGUUCUUCAGAAUUACCACGUCCCUGCCGGGACGAUGGUCCACGUCUGUCUUUACCCCCUGGGGAGGAGUGCAGAGGUGUUUGAGGAUCCACAAUGCUUUGACCCCGGCCGGUGGGGCAGCAGCAGAGAGGCAGGCCAAAGAGGAGAGGGGUCAGGGUUUCGCUCCCUGUCGUUUGGGUUUGGGGCGAGGCAGUGUGUCGGGAGGAGGAUUGCUGAGAACGAGAUGCAGCUCUUGCUCAUGCAUAUCCUGCUGCGCUUCCACAUCAGCGUGUCUUCCACGGAGGACAUCAAAACCACAUACACCCUCAUCCUCCAGCCUGAAACUCCACCAAGGAUCACUUUCAGCAAGCUCUGA